AGGGAAUAAGGUUGUGUAUUAUGGCUGGUCUGUUGGUUAGAUGGAUUACUGGUGUGCUUUUCUUUGCAAUUGGCUUUCUCUGGGCAGUCUUUGUGGUUGUUACAACUGUUGUCACAACUCUAUUUGGAGGAAAGAAAGGGAUAACAAGUUUCUUUGAAAAGAAAGACCACAGCAAACUUCCUGAUGUUGCAAAGGCAGUUGAUGUUCAACAUGAUUUUGUCAGCACAAAAUCGGGCAUGAAGUUUGAAUAUGUUCAUGCUGGAGAAGCAGAUAAACCUCUUAUGCUGUGUAUGCAUGGCUUCCCAGAAUGCUGGUAUAGUUGGAGAUAUCUUAUUGAAAAAUUCCGUGACAGAUACCACAUAGUAGCUUUUCAUUCUCGAGGGUAUGGUAAUUCAGAUAAACCAAAAGAAAUUAAUAAAUAUCACAUGAAUUAUCUGGUAAACGACGUUGCUGAAAUAAUUGAAGCACUUGGCUACCCUCGUGCUACAUUAGUUGCACAUGACUGGGGUGGUGCCAUUGCUUGGGAAGUACCAAAAUACUUUCCUCAUCUUGUUGAUAAAGUGAUCAUCAUGAAUGCUCCAAAUACAACAGCAGCCCGAAAAGGCAUAGGAUUUAGUCAAUUCUUAAAGAGCUGGUACAUAUGCCUGUAUCAGAUGCCAUAUCUGCCUGAACUUUUGGUACAAUCGAAAGACUUUGGAUUGCUUGGGAGUGCUUUUAAUGGAAAAAAGAUGGGAAUCAAAAAUAAGUCGAACAAGUUAACUCGUGAAGAAAUUGAUGUCUAUAAACAUUACAUAGGGAACAACAUCUCGGGUCCAUUAAACUACUACAGAGCAAUCAACCCAAUAUACCGUGGAUUUGGUCUCAAAGCAAAAACUCGUAAGGUAGUUCACCCAGUAUUGUUAAUAUGGGGUGAUCAGGAUGCUGCAUUGGGCAAAGAACUUGCAGAACUUGCAAAGGGUGGGGCAACUGACAUUACCGUGGCCAUGAUUCCUGGUGCAAGUCAUUGGGUUAACCAGGAUGAACCAGAGAAAGUACAUGAACAGAUGGAAAAGUUUUUAAUGCAGAAUCAGUAGCCGUAUCACUUAUUUACACCAAUGUUUACAUGCAUUAAUCUGGAAAACUGUGUUUAACCAAUUUUUUAAAACAGUUUUAAAGUAGAUUUACUUAUCGAGUACUGAAUUAAGAUAUCUGUGAAACAUCCAGAUAUAAACCAAUAUAUUAAUAUAUUCCUGAAACUCUUGUCAAUGUAAUUGAUAUGCCUUAAUGCCUAUAUACCUAGUUACUUAUAUUAUUCUCCAGCUGUUUCUAGAAUUUUUAACAUGCAUAUCAUGCAAGCCCUUAAUUAGUUAUAUAGCUUAAAUGCCAAUUAUCUUCAAAUCAUAUUUUGAUUGUUUAUUUUUAGUUGACCAUGUCACUGGUAAUUUAUGCACUUGAUAAAUCACUUUUAAAGUCUUCAAUACAUUUUUAAUGUGCAGUAAAUUUGGUGAGUUGCAAGAAGUAGUACAUUUUGUAAACUACAUUUUUGUUGACCAUUGUUUUUUCUUCAAUUUAAUUAUGCAAUAAAAUUAUAUACUGUGUGGGUGAA